CGCGGUCACGUGGCGCGGCGCUUCCUUUCUCUGUGCGCCUCUCUUUCCUUCCUCGGCCGCCAUCUUGUUCUCGCCGCGUGUUGGUACGGGGGCUCCGCCGCGCUCAGACAUAACACUAUGAACCAAGAAAAGCUGGCCAAGCUUCAAGCGCAGGUCCGAAUAGGAGGAAAGGGAACAGCUCGCAGAAAGAAGAAGGUGGUGCACAGAACAGCUACAGCUGAUGACAAAAAACUUCAAAGUUCCCUCAAAAAACUGGCAGUAAAUAACAUUGCUGGCAUUGAAGAGGUGAACAUGAUAAAAGAUGAUGGAACAGUUAUUCACUUCAACAACCCCAAGGUUCAAGCUUCCCUCUCUGCCAACACUUUUGCAAUUACUGGUCAUGCAGAGGCUAAACCGAUCACAGAAAUGCUUCCGGGCAUCUUAAGCCAGCUUGGUGCUGACAGCUUAACAAGUCUCAGGAAGUUAGCUGAACAAUUCCCAAGACAAGUGUUGGAUAGUAAAGCACCAAAAUCUGAAGAUAUUGAUGAAGAAGAUGAUGAUGUCCCAGAUCUCGUAGAAAAUUUUGAUGAAGCAUCAAAGAAUGAAGCUAACUAAAACAUUAAUAGUUCUGGAAGCUGGCAUGGACUAGAUUUAAGAAAUCAGCUAUGUGGUUCCAAAGUUUUAAAGAAACAGAGAACAUCAUCUGUUAAUAGUUCAGUAAUAUAAAUAUUUUGUAUUUUUAUGAUGCUGUUUGUUCAGCAUUUUCUGUCAGUUGAUUUUGCAUUUUGCACUUGCUCCCAGGAUCUACUCUUUUGGUCAAAAAGAAAUGUCAGUGCAGUUUGAGGGGUGUGUGUAUGUGUGUGGGUGUACGUAUAGUGGAGAACAAAUUGGAGAACACAUAUUUAACCAUUUACCCUUUUCCUUUGGAAGUAGAAAUAAAAUGAAUCUUCAGCAUUGUUACUUUGAUUAUCACCAAAUAGUGCACAGAGGGAGUUAAGAUUAACGUUUUGUCCAGAUUUUGUGACCUGAAGGCAUUACACCAUUAAAACUUGGGGUUAAUUUGCUGUAACUAUUGUACUUGCAGGUGUGUUUCUCAGUGUACACAUAUUUGUUAUCAACCUUGUGUUGAUCCCAGGUUUUAGGGGAGAUGAGCUGUUUUAGCAGCUUGUUUGGUACAGUAACUUUUUAAAAACUUGGUCUCAUCAAAAUGUGCUCUUUUUUUUGUGUCUAAAGUUUUGAUACAAGCUGAUAUUUGACUCCUUCUAUGUAGGCUUAGCAGUAUGUUCUCCUGAUGGUUACUGAAGUAUUUCCCAGUCAAAAGAAAAACACCUUGGUUCUCUACUGUCAGGUCACUUCCUAACCUUGGAGGUCUGGUUGGUAACAGUCCAGUGCAUCAGUUUUGCACAGUAACAGGUUUUUGCUUGAAUAACUUCAAGCUGUUCUCUUGGCAUGACUGCAUUUACUAGCAGCUGAUGAUCCACUCUCAUUCUUAGGGCGCUAGGAACUAAAUGCACUGUGUGAGCAAUGUUUAGGGUGGGAGGAAAGAGUUGUUGACACUUUGCCUUGCUUCCUGCUGGGCAGUCUGUGCAGUGACUAACUCUAAAGGGAUUUUUUUUUUUCUUUUUUUUUUUUUUUUUUUGCCUGUAACUUACCUUGGCCUAUAACCUACCUCUAGGUUUGGUGUCAUCUACGUAGUAGCUUCUUACAAAACACAAAUGCUCCUCAGGCAUAAGGAGGACAUUGGGAGGUACUGUUGGUACAGUGCAGUAUUUAUGACCUUUCUUUAAAAUGCUUAAUGUGAAGCUGUUUUCUCAGAGGCUCUUUCAAGGUUAUUGAUGUAAUGUGCAUUACAGUAUAGUUAGACAUCAUUGUAACCUCUGUCAAGGGCAGCUGUGGCUUACAAAAGCCACUUUGGUUUUUUUUUUUCCUCUACAUCUGUCACUUAACUAUGGCUUAAUUGGAACAUAUCAGCUUUUGGUGUAGGUUCAUAUGCUAGAGAACUGUAAUAGUACAAGCAAACAGUCCAUGAGUUCUGGAGACUUCAUGAACCCAGGGAAGCAGAGCUGUAGUGGUUCGUCAGCUGAACUCCUCGGUUCGUUUUCUAGGCUUCAUUCAGUUUUUCCUGUUAUAUUUUAUAUACUGCGUGGAUCUUACUACAAAAUAAAAUAACAGUACAAAAGAGGAAAUGCUCCCUCCUGUGUGUUGUCUGCUCUUCCCACCAGCACUGGCUGAGGAAAGCAGGUGGAUGCAGCAGCUGUUGGAGACAGCACUGCAUUCUUGGUGACAGUGACCAAGCCAGGGAGGGUCCCGUUAGAGCUCUAAGGUUUCACACUCCCUAUACUCACUCCUGUUUUCUCUCUGGUGUUGAAUGAAACUUUUGUUUGUUGUGUGGCUGAUCAACUGCAGAUGAUCUGUUCUGUUUAUAAGGAGGAGAUGUCUCCACAAACGUGUGCUCAGGCACAUGGAAUUGCCUUCUGCUGCCUCUGUGAGCCCAGGGAGCGAAGGAAGGACACGAGGGCACAGGUAUUUGCAGUGUUCCUCUCUUUGCUUAAGAGGCACAAAAAGGAAGAACCCUUCCAAGCAGCAACUGUAUGGAGUUGGUAUAUGGGACAUCCCCUUCCUAAAUACUAAUCAGAUACUGAAAAUUCCUGCUUGUUCGUUCUAAUGUAGGAAGUAUGUCAAAAGUAAUUCUGUGAGAGACUAAAAGUAAGCCUUGGAAACAAUGAUUCUGUAAGUUUAUAUAGCUGAACUUUCUGAUUCUUAUGAAAUAUUGACUUAGUUUUUGCUCUUGAAUUUACAUGUUAAACCCUCAAAUUUUUCCUAUGUUGACAACCAGUAAACCAACUAACUAUGCUAGCUUAUGUAGUUACAUUAUCUUCAGUUUUUUCACUGUCUCUGGAAACAGUCAACCACUUAUGAUUUGCUGCUGGAAAUACUAGAGCUUAUCAAUCAUUAAACUGAUUUUAAUUAAAAGGAGCCCAUCGAGGCUGUUGUGGGAAAA